CCCCGUGCCUCGUUAUCAUUUUUGGGGCACAUCCCUCCCUUCCGCCAAGGCCACCGUGUCACCUGGCGGCGGCGGGGCUGUCCCCGCGGGGCGGGGCGGGACCAGCUCGGCAUAAGAGCGAGGUCCCCGCGUCCCUCGGGGCCACCUCCCCAUGCUCGCCCAAGCUGUCACCCUGCGGGGAUGUCCCCGAGCCGCAGCCGCGCGGGGUCGCUGGCUCGGGGGGGCUGCGGGCGCCGUCCCCCCGGCUGUCCCCCCGGCUGUCCCCCCCGCUGUCCCCCCGGCUGUCCCCGCUGUCCCCAGGCCCUUUGACCAGGUGCCCGGCGAGUGGCGGGCGGGCUGGCUCAGCCUGUACCGCUUCUGGCAGCAGGGCGGCCUGGGCACGCUGCACCUCAGCAUGGCGCGCAACUUCCAGCGCUUCGGGCCCAUCUACAGGGAGAAGCUGGGCGUGUACGAGAGCGUGAACAUCAUCAGCCCCGCGGACGCGGCCACGCUGUUCCAGGCCGAGGGGGCCCUGCCCGAGCGCUUCCGCGUGCCCCCCUGGGUGGCCUACCGCGACUUCCGCAACAAACCCUACGGCGUGCUGCUCAAGUGUGCUGUCCCCUCCCCGGCGGUGUGCCACGUGCUGUACGGGGAGCACCUGGGGCUGAUCCCUGUGGCCAUGGAGAUGAGGACAAUGACAAUGACAAUGACAAUGUCAAUGUCAAUGACAAUGACAAUGUCAAUGACAAUGACAAUGACAACGACAAUGACAAUGUCAAUGACAAUGACGUGUCCCUGUCUGUCCCCAGCGGUGUGCCACGUGCUGUACGGGCAGCGCCUGGGGCUGCUGCAGGAUUUCGUGCAGCCCGAGGCACAGCGCUUCAUCGAGGCCGUGUCGCGCAUGUUCCACACCACGGCGCCCAUGCUGUACCUGCCGCCCGCGCUGCUGCGGCGCCUGCGCAGCCGCACCUGGCGCCAGCACGUGCAGGCCUGGGACGCCAUCUUCUACCAGGCGGACCAGUGCAUCCAGAACGUGUACCGGGACCUGCGGCUGCGGCGCAGGAGCAGCCGGGAGCACGUGGGCAUCCUGGGCAACCUCAUCCUGCGCGACAAGCUGCCCCUGGACGACAUCCGCGCCAGCGUCACCGAGAUGAUGGCCGGAGGCGUGGACACGACGUCCAUGACCCUGCAGUGGGCCAUGCUGGAGCUGGCGCGGGCCCCGGGCGUGCAGGAGCAGCUGCGGGCAGAGGUCCUGGCAGCCAAGCGCGAGACGGGCGGCGACCGCGAGAAGAUGCUGAAAUCCACACGCCCGCGGUGGCACGUGUCGCGCAGGCUGCACCCGGUGGCCGUGACCCUGCAGAGGUACACCACGCACGAGGUCAUCCUGCAGGACUACCGCAUCCCGCCCGGGGUCCCUGACAUGAGGGGACAACGUGGUGGCCGGGACAGCACGGUGGCCCAGGGUCCAUCCUGUGGGAUGCUGGCCCGGCUCAGCUGGGAGUGGCCUCGGAGGUGGCCCCGGGCCUGUCCCACGGUGUCCCCAAGGCCCCAGCGCCGUGUCCUCCCCGCGCAGGUCCUGGAGAACUUCAGGAUCGAGACCGCGCGGGCCGUGGAGAUCGGCACCAAGUUCGAGCUCAUCCUGGUCCCGGACCGGCCCAUCCAGCUGAGCCUGCGGCCCCUCGAGGGCCAGCCCUGAGGAGGGGACACG